GCCGGGAGCGUGCGGCACGCGCCUGCCGGCUGCCCCGAGCGCGGUCACCGGCGCCGCCGCACCUCGCCCCUCGCCCCGCCGAGCCGCGCGCGCAUCUGCCCGUCUUCCUCGUUUGCUGCUUACGAUUUUUCUUUCUUUCCUUUUUUUUUUUUUUUUUUUUUUUUUUGCACGCAGCCUUUUUCUGUUCCGUUUUGUCCUUUUUAAGGCGGGGGCGGCGGCAGCGUAAGCUCGGGGCGGGGAGGGGGCGGCCGGAUGAUGCGGCGCGGGGCUGCGCUGGCUACGUCCGCUGCUGCUGCCCGGCUCGGGCCUGAGCGCCGAGCAGAAAUUGUCAAACAGCACUCCAGAAAAAGUUGCGCCAACUUGUACCCACCGAGAGUGAAUGAGAAUAGCAGUUUGCCAGAGCCUUGCCAACAGUGAAUGUUGCAGGUCUCGGCUGAUGUGGGUCCCAAGUGAUGGUGGUUUACACGGAGGACAAGCCGAGCCCCGCAAAACUGGUUAGCACGGCGGAGCCCGGAGCGGCGCCUGCUGGCUGGUGGGUGUGAACCGCGGGAUCUCCGCGUCUCAAGCCAAGAGGAAGCAUGUCUAAGAAGGGCCGGAGCAAGGGCGAGAGGCCCGAGAUGGAGACUGAUGCCGUGCAAAUGGCUAACGAGGAGCUGCGGGCCAAGCUCACUAGCAUCCAGAUCGAGUUCCAGCAGGAAAAGAGCAAGGUGGGCAAACUGCGCGAGCGGCUGCAGGAGGCCAAGCUGGAGCGCGAGCAGGAGCAGCGGCGGCACACCGCUUACAUCUCGGAGCUCAGGGCCAAGCUGCACGAAGAGAAGACCAAGGAGCUGCAGGCGCUGCGCGAGGUGCUCAUCCGGCAGCACGAGCAGGAGGCGGCGCGCACCGCCAAGAUCAAGGAGGGCGAGCUGCAGCGGCUGCAGGCCACGCUGAACGUGCUGCGGGACGGCGCGGCCGACAAGGUCAAGACGGCGCUCCUGGCCGAGGCGCGCGACGAGGCGCGCAGGGCCUUCGACGGCGAGCGCCAGCGGCUGCAGCAGGAAAUCCUGGAGCUCAAGGCUUCGCGCAAGCAGGCCGAGGAGGCGCUCAGCAACUGCAUGCAGGCCGACAAGACCAAGGCGGCGGACCUGCGCGCUGCCUACCAGGCGCACCAGGACGAGGUGCACCGCAUCAAGCGCGAGUGCGAGCGGGACAUCCGCAGGCUGAUGGACGAGAUCAGAGGGAAAGACCGUGUGAUCCUGGCCUUGGAGAAGGAACUCGGUGUGCAGACCGGCCAGACCCAGAAGCUGCUUCUUCAGAAGGAGGCUUUGGAUGAGCAGCUGGUUCAGGUCAAAGAGGCUGAGCGGUACCACAGUAGUCCCAAGAGAGAGCUCCCGCCUGGCAUCGGGGACAUGGCAGAGCUCAUGGGCGUCCAGGAUCAACAUAUGGACGAACGAGACGUACGGCGAUUCCAACUGAAAAUUGCUGAACUGAACUCGGUGAUACGGAAGCUGGAAGACAGGAACACCCUCUUGGCAGACGAGAGGAACGAGCUGCUGAAACGCUCCCGGGAGACCGAGGUCCAGCUGAAGCCCCUUGUGGAGAAGAACAAGCGGAUGAACAAGAAGAAUGAGGAUUUGCUGCAGAGCAUCCAGAGGAUGGAGGAGAAGAUCAAGAGCGUCAUGAGGGAGAAUGUGGAAAUGAAAGAGAAGCUGUCGGCACAGGCGUCCCUGAAGCGGCACACUUCCUUGAACGACCUCAGCCUGACGAGGGACGAGCAGGAGAUCGAGUUCCUGCGGCUGCAGGUUCUGGAACAACAGCACGUCAUCGACGACCUCUCGCUGGAGAGAGAACGUCUCUUGCGCUCCAAACGACAUCGUGGGAAAGGUCUGAAGCCACCCAAGAAGCAUGUUGUGGAGACAUUUUUUGGAUUUGAUGAGGAGUCUGUGGACUCGGAAACCUUGUCAGAAACCUCCUGCAACACGGACAGGACGGACAGGGCCCCAGCCACGCCCGAGGAAGACUUGGAUGAUACGACGACGAGAGAAGAGGCCGACCUGCGGUUCUGCCAGCUGACCAGGGAGUACCAGGCCCUGCAGCGGGCCUACGCCCUGCUUCAGGAGCAGGUGGGGGGGACGCUGGAUGCUGAGAGAGAGGCCCGGACUCGGGAACAGCUCCAAGCUGACCUGCUGAGGUGUCAGGCGAAAAUCGAAGAUUUGGAGAAGUUGCUCGUCGAGAAGGGACAGGAUUCCAAAUGGGUUGAAGAGAAGCAGCUUCUCAUCAGGACAAACCAGGACUUGCUGGAAAAGAUUUACAGACUGGAAAUGGAAGAGAGUCAGCUGAAGAACGAAAUGCAGGACGCCAAGGACCAAAAUGAGCUGCUAGAGUUCCGAGUGCUGGAGCUCGAAGAGAGAGAGCGGAGGUCGCCAGCAUUUAACCUCCAAAUCAGCACCUUCCCCGAGAACAACAGAAGCGCUCUCCAGCUGUUCUGUCACCAGGAAGGAGUUAAGGAUGUGAAUGUUUCUGAACUUAUGAAGAAGCUAGAUAUCCUUGGCGAUAACGGGAAUUUGAGAAACGAAGAACAGGUUGCAAUAAUCCAAGCUGGAACAGUGCUUGCCCUGUGCGAAAAGUGGCUGAAGCAAAUAGAGGGGACUGAGGCGGCCCUGACCCAGAAGAUGCUGGAUCUGGAGAAGGAGAAGGACCUGUUCAGCAGGCAGAAGGGCUACCUGGAGGAAGAGCUGGACUACAGGAAGGAGGCCCUGGACCAGGCUUACCUGAAAAUCCAGGAGCUGGAGGCCACGCUGUACAACGCGCUGCAGCAGGACCCGGGGCGGAGGGCCAGCGAGGCGCUGAGCGAGGGCCAGCGGGAGGAUCUGCAGGCCGCCGUGGAGAAAGUGCGCAGGCAGAUCCUGAGGCAGAGCCGCGAGUUCGACAGCCAGGUUCUGCGGGAGCGCAUGGAACUACUGCAGCAGGCCCAGCAGAGAAUCCGAGAGCUGGAGGGUAAGCUGGAGGUCCAGAAGAAACACCUGAAGGAGCUUGAGGAGAAGCAUUCAUUCUGUGGCCUUGAUGACGUCAGUGAGCAAAGAACUCGGGAUAGAAAAAGAGCUUAUGGAAUACAUUGAGUCCCUGCGGCAUCCCCAACCCCACUCACACCAAAAUCCAACAGCAAAACAAGCUCCUUCAAGCCAGAGACUGAAAACAGAAUUCACGUGUACUUGACGAGGAGGCCUUUUGAUCUACGGCUGGGUCCUGGCUGGGCCGAGCUGUAGGAGCCCCGAAGACGCUGGGGGUUUUGUCAAGCUCGGGGCCACGUCCAAGCCCCCACUCUGGCACCAUCAAAGCCCAAGGGG